AUGAACCAUUAUUCCGCUUUUCUUCGUCCAUCUCAUGGAAAAUCAACGAAUAAUGAAAACGAUGAAAAUUCCUCGAUCAAAAAUCUCUUUCUGAAACAUUUAACAAAGUCGCAACAAAAUGCGUUAACGAAUAAUAGUGGUAAAGGUACCACGCGUGGUAUUCUUAGUGAUGUUGGCAACAGACAGGUGCCAAACAAGUCCACAGUGAUCGAACAAUGUGUUGAAACAAAAGCUAUUCUAACUGUACCUGCACAAGCAGCAAGUUUACCGAUAAUUGUCAGUAAGAUCGAAGAAAUUACUUUGAAUGAUAAACAACAAAAAGCCGAACCUGUUGUUUAUGAGCCAUUCACAAAACUCGCGCAGGUUCCACCAGAAUUUGAUUGUGACACUGUCGAUCAAGCGAAUAUCAUCACCGCUUCGGAAUAUGUCGUAGACAUUUGUCUAUACUGGCGUGAACUAGAACAAAAAACACCUAUUCGACAAAAUUAUUUACUGAAUCGUGCUGAAGGUACAGCAUCACCUCAAAAUCGAGCGGUGUUAAUCGAUUGGCUCUAUCAAGUUCAUGACCGUUUCAAAUUACUCUCGGACACAUUUCAUAUGACAAUUCAACUCAUUGAUCGAUAUUUACAAAUAAUCGAUGCAUCCAAACAUGAAUUACAAUUGAUCGGAUCGACUGCUUUGUUAAUUGCAUGCAAAUACGAAGAAAUGACUAUUCCCGGUAUGAAUGAUUUCGUCUAUGUAUCUGACAAUGCUUACUCGAAAGAAGAGAUGAAAGAAAUGGAACGCCGUAUUAUUUCGACCUUAUCGUAUGAUCUUGGCCGACCAUUAUCAAUAAAUUUUCUUCGCCGAUAUUCGAAAAUCGUUCAGGCAACCGAUAUCGAACAUACUCUCGGCAAAUAUCUCUUGGAUUUAACAUUCACCGAUCAUUCAUUUUCACAUCUAUGCCCAUCUUACAUUUCCGCAUGUGCAUCCUUUCUCUCACGUUAUUUAUUUGCAUACAAACGUUUAACAUCCACAACAUCGAUCAAUGCUCUUAUCGAACUUCUUUGGCCAAGUCAAUUCAUGCAAUAUCACACGAAUUACACAUUCGAUCAAUUGCGUCCAGGUAUUGAACAAUUAGGUCAAUUGUUAAUUGCUCAAGAAACAACGAAAUUACGAAGUGUACAAAAGAAAUUCUCGCAAAGUAAUCUCUUUUCAGUUGCUCAACAUAGUUAUUGCAAAGGUGCCUAUGUUCAAACGGCACUAGCACGUCUCUCGAAAUGA